AAAAGGACUACCUUCGAUUUAUUGUCCUUUCUUUCGAUUUAUCGUAUCGAUAUAUAUUUUUGUCGAUAUAUAUGUAGGCGGCAUAGUACUUUUGAUCUACUGUGCAUGCUCGUGUACUGUGCUUAUGCAGCAGUUCUAUGUGACAGUUUCUCUUGGUUUCUUUAAUUGUAAUUCCGAAGAGUGAGUUGUUGAAGUUUAUGUGAUAACUAUAAAAGCAAAUAAAAUAUGUCGUUAAUGAAAAUAUUGUUUUACUACACUUUUGGGCCACGUCUUUUUAAAAUUUACGAAGUCACGACAACUGGACGACUUAUUGAUAAAUCAUAUGAACCAAAAGUAUUAGAACGAUGGAGUGAUCGGGUAAUAAUUUCGUUUAGUGCAGUAUGGUCUAUAAGUUCUUAUGCCUUUAUGUCUGCUGCUAUAUUUAUGUAUCUGCAUAGCUAUUCUGUGAUGGAUAUAACAUAUCAUAUAAGUAAAUUUGCAGCCAGUGCAGGUAUAAUUUUAAUUGCUUCACUAGCAGCACGUGGUUGCUCCAGAGCUAAUAAUGCAAACUAUUCAAAAUUCUUAAAAACAUUAAGGAAUUGUCAUACAAAUUAUAAUAUAACAACAAAACAAGAGUUAUGCAAAUAUGAUUUUGAAUUUUGUUCUUGGCCUGUAGAAUUUGCAGUUACUACCUUACAAGGAGAAAAGAACAGAAAAAAGUUAAGACUAGAAGAAAUAAAAUCUAAUAAUGGAAUAAGAGUAGCCUUGUCUUGCAUUAUAGCAUAUACUUUUGCUAUCAAAUUAAUUUAUCCUGGUAGUAUUUCUGUUAUUAAUUGGGCAUUACAUUCAGUGUUAUUGAAAGGUAGAAUAGAUUUGAUAAAACAGGGAGGAGAAAGAUUUAAAUUGGUAACUUGUGAUGGAAAUGUAAUUGAUACAAUGUUUAUUGAUCAGAGGAAAAAAACCACUAAUGGUGACAUACUUGUCAUCACAUGCGAAGGAAAUUGUGGGUUUUAUGAAACUGGUAUUAUAUCAACCCCAUUAAACAAAGGCUAUUCAGUUUUAGGAUGGAAUCAUCCAGGUUUUGGUGGCAGUACUGGUGAACCGCAUCCAGUACAAGAGGAAAAUGCUAUUGAUUGUAUAAUGCAAUUUGCAAAACAUCAAUUAAUGUUUCCUGAGAGAAAAAUAAUACUUUAUGGAUGGAGUAUCGGUGGAUAUACAGCCACUUGGGCUGCUAUGAAUUAUCCAUCUAUUCAUAGCUUGAUACUAGAUGCUACAUUUGAUGACAUACUUCCAUUAGCCAUUAUGACAAUGCCUUUAUUGAAAGGAAUAGUGCAACAUGUUAUCAGAUUACAUUUUAAUUUAAAUAUAGCAGAACAAUUAAAUAGGUAUGAUGGGACAGUAUUGUUAAUAAGAAGAACGAAUGAUGAAAUUGUCUGUAGUCCUGCUAAUAUUUUAUCUGGAAAUCGUGGUAACAUGUUGCUUACAAAGCUAUUAUUAAGACGUUAUCCAUAUCUAUUCUCAGAAGAUUCUGAUUCAUUAGGUGUUUUAAAUAAAUUUCUUUCUGCGAAUGUUGAUACAAGAAGAUUGAUAGUAGAGGCACUUGAAAUUAACGAAAAACAUUGUUCCGAAUUAAUAACAAUGGAGAAUCCAGAAAAUAAUGAGAAAAUAUCUUACCCUUGUAAUCUUGGUCAGGAUUGUGAUAUAAAAACCAAACAACAACUCACUAUCUUCUUGGCAACUGUGUAUAUGAAGGAUCAACCAUCAUCACAUUGCACUCCCUUAUCCGUAGAGCUUUUCCAACCUGGAUGGGAUCCGGCGUCAGCAAUUUCUAUGUAAUAAACUCUGUAACUUUAUACUUAUGCCAUAAGAAAUUAAAAGUAUAAUUCUUAUCUGA